CGGAAUUCCGUUGCUUUUCAUCAUUUUGGGGGAGCGAGAAAAGGUCUAUGGAUGGGUGGUGGAGGAGGAGGGGAGAGUGAGGUGCUUUUACCCUACAGCAUUGUCUCAUUCUUUAGUCUGCUUUUCGUGGCUCUGCUAAUGCACACAUUCCUUUUUUUAUAUAUUUUAUUUCCCUCAUUUUUCCUCAAGCUAAGCUUUAUAGAUGGAGAUAUAUAUAUUCUCUUUUUUCCUUCCAUUUUGCCGCAUUGGGUGAAUGCAAAAAAAGAAGGGGGAAGGGUAACGAAUUGAGUUGGAUGUGUAUAUAAGCUUUAUAUCCUUGGUCAAGUAAAAGUAAAAAGGGGUUAUUUUUCUGUCUAUAUUUCUGCCACCCUCAAUUUGAGACAAGCUAAAUAACCUCCAACAUAUAGUCCAUUUGGUUGUGAUAAAAAAAAAGAGUACCC